AUGUGGUCUGCACCAACAUCAACAACAUCAACGCCAGCUGCAACAUUAUGUCUCCGCAUCCGCGCAGACGACGAGAACAUCAGUGAAGCCGUCGCCAGUACUGAGGGUAACACUAAGCGUUGCCAAUGUUCUCACAGUAACUCACAAGAUGAGGCCGGACCCUCUUCAUCGAUCUUGGUCGGAACUCCGGCGAUGCCAUCGCCGAAAUGGUCCGAACAAUGCCCUGCUUGUCAAGAACUCGCCCCGUCAUCAGUGAUGGCCUCGGAUCGAUCGUGUUCGCCAUGCAAAUCUGGUACUGGCAGAAACUCUCCUCGGCCCACUCAAGACAACCAAGUCGUUGGCUACGACAUGGAAGCAACCAUUGAAGAGCCUUCCUCACCCUUGACCGAGAAGGAUCUGCUCGCCCUCUCAACAGCUGUCCAAGAUGGAAGCAAAGACAGUGGGUACACCAGCAGUGCCGACGAUGUUCCCCAAGCCGAAGCCUCAGAUGCCGAAGCACGAAGUGAAGGACAGGUAGCCAGAGACCGGGUCGAAUUGCAACGUGCCAAAGCCCGGAUCGCAGCCCUUCGAAAUCCUUGGUCCUAUGAGGAGAUCAUCCACCUCAUGCGCGGGGCAGAAAAGUAUGCGGUCGGUAAAUGGACCCAGAUUGCAAAAGAUCCUGAAUUUGAGUUCGAUUGUAGGACCGCUCUAGACCUGAAGGAUCGCUUUAGAGUCUCGUGUCCGCAAUGGUAUUCAUCACGCAAAGGCAAAAGUGACGCCACCAACAAGGAAGAUUCCGAUGAUGCACUUCAGCCGGAAAGGAAACAGCGGAAGUCGCACAUCAUGACCGAUGAGGUACUCGCUGCGCUUGGCAUCGGACCGUUUCGCAGGAGUAAACGUCGGUCGCGUCAUGCAUACUCCAAACAAGAAGAUGACGACAUCUUCCAUGGUUAUUACAAGCAUAAUGGGUCAUGGGCGGCCAUCAAAGCCGACAAGUCCUACAAUCUCGUCAACAGAACUGCCACGGACAUCCGCGAUCGAAUGCGCAACAAAUUCCCUGAGCAUUAUAACGCUUCCGGUAAAACAAAAACGUCAGUUAGAAAGACGGACGCCUCUCGCCGGCCGAAGAGGGACAAGUCCACCAAGACUGCGGAGACUGAUCAAAACAAGGUCACCAAAACUCGAUCAAAGAAUAAUUCAAAGAAGACUUCAAAGAAGACCUCGAAAACAGUCUCGACUUCUGCCCUCCUCAACGCGAUGUCCCAAAUGGACUUAUCGACCCGGUUGACGACUGGUCCUUCUGCACCAGUCCUCCCGACGCACAGUGAACACAUAGAAGAGCAGCUCAUCGCACCUGCCAACCGUGUUCGCGAUGCCGACGGCGAUAUCUCCAUGUCCAGCUUGGAGCAAACGGGUCAGCGUGCUGACCAGCCCCGGUCGGCUAUUCUUUCUUCUCAUCCGCCACCACAUCAUCAUUACCAUCAUGACGAUAUGGUCUCAUCCCUCGUGCCAGAGUGGCGAAUGAUGUCUUCUUAUCCUGACGAUGCAAGCAUGGCGGCACCAUACUACCCUCCUUAUCUAAACAAGACCCUUCCCCUGCCGAAGAGGUCCUACUACAACAACAAUAGCGACCGCAGCAGCAGCGGUGGCGGCGACGGUAGCCACCAUUACUGCGGCAAUACUGUCCCGUACAUGUCUACCAUUCCACCUCCCUUCCCAUUCGUCAGCCUCCCGCCCUUUUCCUCCCUCGUCGCGCCGCUGGACGACGAAUAUCGUCAUCCUCCCUCUUCGCUGCCGAUGCAUGGCCAGCAGAUUGGGGACUUCUCCUCCAGCCGUGCGGCCCAACCAUCUUCGGUGCAGCAGUGGAUCUCGGGCUUCAGCCUUUCGAAGGGAAAGGAUCGAAUGUAG